GUUCGGUGUGGGUAACAUGACACGCAGCGUCAGUAGUUCCAGCUGGAGGUCGCGGCUUUCGUGCGACCAGCUGUACGGUAUUUUUGUGUCUGCGAUGCAGAGCAAGAACAGUGAGUACCGCAUAGAAUAUUUACAUGAUGGCAUUUGUCUCUCGUCCCUUUGAAGUCGCUGGUGCGGCAUUCUACGCCGACGCCUUCGUGGCUAUGCAUGCUGCUUCUGCGUUUACGUUCGCAAUGGUGGCAUUUGUGAAACCGGAGAUGUUUUCCCUGUUCAGUAAAUCCAACAUUCCAGCAGAAUCCAUCACCGCCGAUUGCAUACGCUGGUCGGCCCCGUUCAUUUUCGGAUUUGCGUUUUUUGCGGCCAGCUCGCUGUAUUUGGAUCCGAAAGCGCGACUGUAUAUUGCGCGAGUGUUUAUACUUUCCUUCGCGAUAGCCGUGGCAGCAGGCGUGUACGCACACACGAGAGGGCGGUGGAAUGACUGGCACCCUCUGAUAUGGAAGUGAAGUGUGUGCGUUUCCUGUUCAGGUGCGGUAGUUUUCCACAUUGUCAUUCGAUGUUGUCAUUUCUCUUGUUGCAAAGCCGCAACAUGAAGAGUCUGCAGCGCAAAUCGCUUCUAAACUGGGACCCGGACUUCUCUGGUGUCCCGCCCCCCCCUCUUCUGCGUCUAAUCGUUACGCACAAGGGGAAAAGACGGGUAUAUUGACCUAAAUCAGAAAGUGCUGCAUCCCUUCAACUUCAAGCACAGGCCACGUCGAGUAAUCAUCUGCCUAAAAUACUUACUUAAAAGCAUGCACUUCUUUUACUGUAAAUCUGAACAUCGCUUUGUUUGCGACACUCGGCUUGGCUUACAUGGUGCUUGUCGUCGGUUUUCCUGGAGCCCUGGACCG